CUGUGUGUAGUUGUGCAAUUAGGGAAUAUCCUCACUGUGUUUUUUAGAUAUUUCUUAUCUCAAACUGGACCACACAUGGUCAGAAAUGUCCAUUAUUGAGAAAUCCUACCACCCAACUUAAUAUAAGUAGAGUCAAAUCAGUACUACUAUUCACUGGUAAGAUACUUUACGAUCUGUUAAGACUACUAAACACUCUACAGGAACGGCAAAACAUCUAGAACCAUGAAGUUGCUUCUAGCAGGAAUUGCUCUGUUCCUAAUUGUGGAAACCAAUGCACAGUGGUACAUGUUUCCUAAAGAAGCUGUUCAAGGAAGUCGUGAUAUGUGGCGAGCAUACAGUGAUAUGAGGGAGGCCAACUGGAAAGACUCAGACAAAUAUUUUCAUGCUAGAGGAAACGCUGAUGCUGCCAGAAGAGGAGAAGGAGGCAAAUGGGCAGCUGAGGUGAUCAGUAAUGGCAGAGAGUGGGUGCAGGAAAGAAUGGGUCAUGGUGCUGAAGACACUGCUGCUGAUCAAAGGGCAAAUGAGCAUGGACGCAACGGAGGAGAUCCCAACGUUUACAGGCCAGCGGGACUUCCUCAAGAGUAUUAAUCUGAAAGCCAUGAGGAUGAAUAAAAGAAUGAAAUUAUA